AUGAGUGCCCACAAACGCAUCACCAAGGAACUUGGCGAACUCACUACGUCUCCUCCUGCGGGGAUCACUGUCGCGUUGGCUGACGAGGCGAAUCUCUUCCAGUGGAAAGUCACUAUGGAGGGACCUGCUGGAUCGCCGUAUGCUGGACACCUCUUCAAUCUAUCCCUGACGCUUCCACCGACUUAUCCCUUCAAGCCACCGACCGUGAUCUUCACCACUAAGAUCUAUCAUCCGAAUAUUUCUAAUGACUCUCCACCAAACUCCGGCACCAUGUGCCUGGGCAUGUUGAGGGAGGCAGACUGGAAGCCUAGCACGAAGAUCGCCGCGGUCUUGGAGUUCGCUCGUCAAUUGUUGAAAGAACCCAACCCUGACGACGCCGUCGAAGGCAAGAUCGCCGAGCAAUACCGCAACGACCACGCCGAGUACGAGAGGGAAGCCCGCGAGUGGGUCAAGCGCUAUGCGACUCCCAAGAAAUGA